CUUUAGGAACAAAGCCCCAGUAACCAGACAUCAAUAGCAAUGAUGCAAGAGCCUCAAGAAAUGGUGGAAGAGACAGUUACUGUGGAGGAAGACCCAGGCACUCCCACUUCCCAUGUGUCUAUUGUUACUUCUGAAGAUGGAACCACAAGGAGAACUGAAACCAAGGUUACCAAAAUGGUCAAAACAGUCACCACCAGGACAGUGCGUCAGGUGCCACUGGGGCCUGACGGUCUGCCAUCAAUGGAUGGCUCGUCUCCCAUGGGCAGCUACACAGAUUCAAUAGACAGAAGGUACAUGAAGAAUGGGGAGCGGUACAUCACACCACAAGCAUCUUCCACGUUAACCAGAUCUUACAACAGCUACAAUGAUUCUUACCCUGAAAGCCACGAAGGCCAGUAUCGCCCUUAUAUUGGUCGUGACGGUUAUGGAGAUCUAUCUGAUAACUAUGGUAGCUUGUCUCGUGGUGUCAACUACCGUCCUCGCUAUGCCUACAUGCCAGGAAACAGCUACAGGCCAGAUGAUGGUAGCUUCACUUUGCCAAGCAGAAGGGAUAACUACGGUCCUGUUGCCCAGCCUCAGGUGCCAGUGGGUCCCCCCCAGCCAGAACGCUUCCAGCCAGAGCCCUAUGGACUGGAAGAUGAUAACCGCAGCCUUGGAGUAGACGAUGAAGGAUAUGAACUGGAUCCUGAUUACUCCACUGUGAACCGGAGGACUUCUGCAGGUGUGCCAGAGAGAGGAAGACCUCACAAAGGAAGGGGCUACGAUGACCCCAUCGAGACAGAGAUGGUUGAAGAGAGGAUACCCUAUCUUCAUGGUGGCUACGCAGCACCACUGGCACAGCCAGAGAGAGGAAGCAUGGCUAGUAUUGACCGUCUGGGGAAGCGCUCCCCCUCUAUUGACAGCAUUCGUAAAGACCCCAGGUGGAGGGACCCUGACCUCCCUGAAGUAAUUGCCAUGCUCAGCCACCCUAUUGAUCCAGUCAAGUCUAAUGCUGCAGCCUACUUGCAGCACUUGUGCUACGAGAAUGAUAAAAUCAAAAAGGACGUGAGGCAUCUCAAAGGGAUACCUAUCUUGGUGGGCCUACUAGAUCAUCCAAAGCCAGAGGUCCAUCGUAAAGCCUGUGGGGCUCUCAGAAACAUCUCCUAUGGGAAGGAUAACGAAAACAAGGUGGCAAUAAAGAACUGUGAUGGGAUCCCUGCAUUGAUCAGACUAUUGCGAAAAACAAACGACAUGGAAGUCAGAGAGCUAAUUACAGGCACCCUGUGGAACUUGUCCUCUUACGAGCCCCUGAAGAUGGUCAUCAUCAACCAUGGUCUGCAGACACUUACCAAUGAGGUGAUUAUACCCCAUUCAGGUUGGGAGAGUGAGCCGAAUGAGGACUCUAAGCCUCGCGAUGCUGAGUGGACAACUGUCUUCAAGAACACUUCUGGUUGCUUACG